AGAGAGGGGGGGAAAGAGAGAAAUCAGGGCCUUGGAUCUUCGAUCUCCAUGGAUUCUUUGGUUGUAUGAUCUGGACAUUCUUGUUCUGUACUUGAUUUGAGUGUAUCUCUGUAAUAUCGUUUGAAUCCCUCUUAUCUAAGUCGAUCUAGGGCUCAAGGUUAGAGUUUUCUGAUAUGGAUUUGCUACAUUCACAUAAGAUCUGAUAAGCUAGCAGCGUUGGAUCUGGAUCGUUAGCAACAAUGAGUAGAAGCAAGCUCAACGAUGUAGAGAUGUAGAUCUUAUUCUCAGAUCUGUUCUCUAUCCGAUCAGAUCUGCUCUCUCUAUCUCUCCGAUCUGCUAGUAUGAAUUCCGCUGAAGAGCUCUCUCCAUCUCCAGACAAACACCUGAGGAAUUCGAAUCAUUGAAACAAAGCUCUCACCUUUAAGGUGGCCACAAUUUCUGUUGUUCCGUCAUCAUACAUGUGAGUUAGGUGGCCACAAUUUCUGCCAACGGUGACACUGAAAUUGGGGAACUGAUAGCACAGGCAAUGGAGAAAGUUGGGAAGGAAGGAGUUAUUACUGUUGCUGAUGGAAAUACUUUGGAGGAUGAAUUGGAUGUGGUGGAAGGGAUGAAGCUAGGAAGGGGUUAUAUAUCUCCUUAUUUUGUUACUGAUCAGAAGACCCAGAAAUGUGAACUGGAAAAUCCCCUCAUCCUUAUCCAUGACAAGAAAAUUUCAGACAUGAACUCACUUGUCAGAAUAUUGGAGCUGGCUGUGAAGAAACAUCAACCCCUGCUUGUGGUUGCUGAGGAUGUAGAGAGUGAUGCACUGGCUAUGCUCAUUAUAAACAAGCAUCGUGCUAGGGUUAAGGUAAUGGAUUGCCUUUGCUUUCUUGGCAUAUUGCUCCAAUAGAACCAAAUUUUUGAU